GGAAGUAUUUAACAUGCAUUGUAAUUAUUGAUGGUACACAGAAAAAUGAAGCAACAGCUCAUCCAACCUCCAGUUGCUACACCUGGUACCCUAACAGGAGUGAUGAGUUGUAAAUAAUCAUAUAAUAGAAGGCAUUAUCCACUGAAGGAAAAAACAAAAACAGCAAGGGUUAUAGGUUGUGUUCAUAUUUUAAAAUUGGCAUUUGCCACCCUCAGCAACCAUCCUGGGUCCCUACUGCUGUGCACAGUUUCAGGUUUUCCCUGCCCUAGCACACAUUAUCUAUAUCACAAAGAUAAUUGGAUAAUUAGCUGAUGAACUCAAUCAUGUAUAUUGCAGUAGAGAAAACAUGAAAACCUGCAGGGGCUGUGAGUCCAGGGUGAGUUGAGAACCUCCGGUUUAGACCAAUAAAAAUGAAGCUGGACAGCACAGAUGUAGCUACAAAGGGUGCAGGUACAACCACUGGACGCUGCCUGCAUCUUGCAGGGUAUUACAUAUGAGUCCAAGACACUAACAGUGCGUAGCAAAAUGAGAUAAGCUGACAUAAGCAGUACCAUCCUGCAGUUCAUGUGCUUUACUGAUAUUUUCGGUUUAAAUAAUGCGUUGAUGGAAGAAAAGUGUGGCGAAAGCAUUGAGUUAGCAUUUAUAAUUCAGUACUCCAUCUGAGAAAUCUAGGCCUAUGUUUUUUCGACGCUGCAGUGGAACAUUACUGGACUUCUCUGUGCGUAGGUGCCUCGUGUGUCUGCGGUUGGUAACAUGCGUUUUGGACGCUCAUCGACAUUGUGAAGUUGAAUAACAGUUUCCUAACUUUAACUUUCCUUAGCUACACGAAGUCUGCGUUGCUGAACGGAUGUUUCCAUAUUAAUUUGUGUACUAUUUUCGCAUACCGUUUUCUUCUUUUGUCGUAUGUGGAUGUAGUUCGUUUUCCCAUAGAUGUUCCAGAGAUUCGUAUAAUAUAGCUGUCGACAGCGAUGAUAACGCGAAGAUCUCACGCGCGUCAUAUCCCUCGGAGAACCUGCCACACCGCAGAACGAUGUAGGAUGUUUUGUAUGUCGAUGUCUGAUAGUCUAAUAACAAACUGACAACGCUAGAUUUUUUUUAUAUUAUACACUUAAUUGUAGAUUGUAGGAGUGCUUUUGUGCUCCACUAAUUGUUCUGUAAUGACACACAAGGGAUUUGAAUCGUGACUUUGGUUCAGCAUUGCACAACAAGCGUGACAUUGGCGUAAAAUCAUUCGAGUUUUAAUGCUUCCCAGUGAAUGACAGCAGAGGGUGUGGACUCUCCUGUGUAAUCAUCUGCAUGGGAGGGAGUGUAAGCAGAAGAAGAGAGCAUGACUGACCAGGAGACAUCCACUGUGGGCGAAGUGCCUCCACCAUAUAUAAUCUUCCUCCUAGUCUUUUUCUUCUUCAUCACGGGUCUUUUGGGUUUUAUCAUUUGUCAUAUACUUAAGAAGAAGGGAUACCGCUGUCGCACAGGCGAGCCUGAGGAUGAAGACACCAAAGAAACAUUUAGGGCCGACAGUGAUGAUGGAUCUGAGAACAAUCAAGAUACAGUAGAGCAAAUACUUAAAUGCAUUAUUGAAAAUGAAGCCAAUAAGGAGGCUUUCAAUGAAAUGCUAGGAAAACAGAAUAAUUGUGAACAGCAUGCCCCGAGGUAUAAUUUUAGAAUUCAAUGCAAGGAGAGUUUGGGUGGUAUUCCCCCUCAUCUUCAUACAGUACACUCAGGGAGUGAUCAAAACUCUUGCCACCAUUGUAUGAAAAGUCAUUUCAAGAAAACUCAUCACAGAAACGGCGUAGUACGAAGCAAGGGCAGACCAGUAGAGCAGACUGUAUUCUCUGUGGGCAGGUUUCGUGUCACUCACAUGGAGAAGAACAGUUUUCAAGAAUCAACAAAUCCCUCUAUGCCUGAAUCAGAGGACCCAUCAGAUCACAUGCAUACCCCCAAGAAAACUCAGGAGAGUUACAAUAUCCGUAAUAUGUUCAAAGAUAUUGAAGCAGCUCAUGGCACCGGACCAGUUACAGCGAAACAGAAUAAUAUCACUCUGCUAGGCUUCAACAGAUGCAGUGAUUUAGUGGGCAUGAAAGAGAGAGAAGUAGCAUUUGAGAACAAUAACCAGCCUCAUAUCCCUGGUCAGCUCCCUGCUCCUUCACAGAAGACCUUUGGUCCAGGUGAUGUUCUUGGCACUGAUCCAGAGGUGACUUCAGUCAAAAUUUCCUUAAAUAUAAGUUCUCAGAACACGUUAGAGGAAGCGGAGGCUCAGAAAAUAAAUAUACUUCCAGACACUAAACAGGCUGAAGAAAUGGCUUCAGACAAGUCAGAGGCAGUGGAAGUGCAGUUAGUCAAGGCCAACCUGCAGGAAUUAUGUCGUAUGAAUGGAGGAACCCUUCAGCACAAGCCUCUGCAGAUGAGAAAUAGCAUGGACAUAGAGGAGUCUCUCUAGGGGAGCGGAGAUGGUCUGUUCAUAGUAACAACAGAUGUGACAAUGAAAUGUUUGAUGUUUGGGUCAUUGGAGACUAUAACCACUGUGGAAAAAAAAGGUCUAGGGAGCAAUAGAAACUGACCAUGUUAGUAAAAUACAGUAUAUGCUCAUAUCAGAGUUAAAGUGCUAGAAUGGUUUGAUUUAAUAAAUCAGUGGACAUUAAUUUAAGUGGGAAAGAAAAAAACCUUUGGUUGCUAUCAUCCCAGUGUAGUCACCGAAUUUAUCAUGUUGCAGAAUAUUACUUUGAAUAUUACUGCAUAAUAGCAAUGGGUAGUUGGUGCUAAUAAGAAUGAACAACAAAUACCUAUGUAGCACAAUGAUUAAUUACCUACAGAAAACAGAUUAGCUAGUCUGACUGCUUAUGAAACUAGUUUUCUAAACAGAAAUAAAAAUAGCUUCACUUUCAGAAACCAAAAGGAAAUUUGGUUUGACAUUAUGUCAAAAACUGUGUACUUCUAUGGACACUGAAAAAACCUGGACACUGUACUGUUGCAUUUUUUUCCUGUUCUCUCUGUCCAUCACUGUUAUUGAUUCUCAACAUAAUAUGUGGAACUGGGCUUGGGGACCACCAUCUCAAGAAGGAAGAAGCAUGUACAGUGCUGAAUUGUAAACUCAUAUCAUUUAUAUGUAAACCCAUGUAAACCAUACCAUAUGAUGUCUUUUUUUUUUUAAGAACAGUGGGAUUACCAUGACUAUGCACAAUACUGAAGUGCUCACUACUUACAGUUUAGGUAAAACAAUCAGCAGAAGGUAUUAAGCAACCUACACAUGUAUCUGUGCUUCUUUGACAUGCAAAAAUUAGAGUUUGUGAAUUCUUUUGUAUUACAUUUACAUUUAAAUGUAAAUGUAAACUGUGCUAUCUGGAUUUUUUGCUUGUUCAGCUCCCAAAAAGUGAUCUUAUCUCCAUUUAAGUCAUGAUAACAAUUAAAGACAACUCUAUUUAACCAAGAAUACACAGAACAUUAUACUGUCAUAUACUGUUGCUUAGCUAUGCAAUAUAAUAUACCAACAAACUCAUUCCUACACUUGUGAUUUAACUUGCUUUAUUUAGAUGCAGUAUGUACAGCAAUGUACUCCUUUAGAGACAUCUCAUAGGUUCCAAAUAUAAACAUUUGCAAGCCACCUGCAUCUAGUAAAAUGACGUGAAUAUUAACAGAAGUCCUUAAAAGAAAUUAGUAGGUUUU